GCGCCUGGCCGGACGGGAGGAAAGUAUCUGCUCCGCUGAGGGGGGAAAGAAGGAGCUGGAGACAGAUUGUGGGACCCAGCGCGGGCGGGCGGGAGGUGACGGAGCUACCAGCGGCUCCGCUCUGCUAUAUGAAAUAUGGGAGACGACAGACCGUUUGUGUGCAAUGCCCCAGGCUGUGGACAGAGAUUUACAAACGAGGACCACCUGGCAGUUCAUAAACACAAGCAUGAGAUGACAUUGAAAUUUGGCCCAGCUCGAACUGACUCAGUCAUCAUUGCAGAUCAGACUCCUACUCCAACUAGAUUCCUAAAGAACUGUGAGGAGGUGGGGCUCUUCAAUGAACUAGCUAGCUCCUUUGAACAUGAAUUUAAGAAAGCUGCAGAUGAGGAUGAAAAAAAGGCUUCUGCUGGGCCUCUUGACAUGUCUCUGCCUUCUACACCAGACGUCAAAAUCAAAGAGGAAGAGCCAGUGGAGGUAGACUCAUCCCCACCUGACAGCCCUGCCUCUAGCCCUUGUUCCCCACCACUGAAGGAGAAGGAGGUUGCCCCAAAGCCUGUUGUGAUCUCUACCCCCACGCCCACCAUUGUACGUCCUGGUUCCCUGCCUCUCCACUUGGGGUAUGAUCCACUUCAUCCAACCCUUCCCUCCCCAACCUCUGUCAUCACACAGGCUCCACCGUCCAACAGGCAAAUGGGGUCUCCCACUGGCUCCCUCCCUCUUGUUAUGCAUCUUGCUAAUGGACAGACUAUGCCUGUUCUGCCAGGGCCUCCGGUACAGAUGCCUUCUGUUAUAUCGCUGGCCAGACCUGUGUCCAUGGUGCCCAACAUUCCUGGUAUCCCUGGCCCACCAGUUAACAGCAGUGGCUCCAUUUCUCCCUCUGGCCACCCGAUACCAUCAGAAGCCAAGAUGAGGCUAAAAGCUACCCUAACCCACCAAGUCUCCUCAAUUAAUGGUGGUUGUGGAAUGGUGGUGGGUACUGCCAGCACCAUGGUGACAGCCCGUCCAGAGCAGAGCCAGAUCCUCAUCCAACACCCUGAUGCCCCUUCUCCUGCCCAGCCACAGGUAUCACCAGCCCAGCCCACCCCUAGUACUGGGGGGCGACGGCGACGCACUGUGGAUGAAGAUCCAGACGAGCGACGACAGCGCUUUCUGGAGCGCAACCGGGCUGCAGCCUCCCGCUGCCGCCAAAAGCGGAAGCUUUGGGUGUCCUCCCUAGAGAAGAAGGCAGAGGAACUUACUUCUCAGAAUAUUCAGCUGAGUAAUGAAGUCACAUUACUACGCAAUGAGGUGGCUCAGUUGAAACAGCUACUGUUAGCUCAUAAAGAUUGCCCAGUCACUGCACUACAGAAAAAGACUCAAGGCUAUUUAGAAAGCCCCAAGGAAAGCUCAGAGCCAACGGGUUCUCCGGCCCCUGUGAUUCAGCACAGCUCAGCAACAGUCCCUAGCAAUGGCCUCAGUGUUCGCUCUGCAGCUGAAGCUGUAGCCACCUCGGUCCUCACUCAGAUGGCCAGCCAAAGGACAGAAGUGAGCAUGCCGAUACAGUCGCAUGUGAUCAUGACCCCACAGUCUCAGUCUGCGGGCAGAUGAUGCCUCCCCUGGUGGAGAGGUCCCCAGCCAGAGCUCGCCCGCCCAGGAGCCAAGAGAGAUGUCAUCUUAUCCCCUUCCAUCUGCCUUGGAUGUGGCAAUACGUGGGGGGUGAAAUUGUGUGUUGGGAGACACAGCCUAGAGAAGGUGGAUGAUUUAUAUAAAUUACAAAGCACGACAGAAGGCACGGGGACCAGAGCACAGAUCUGUGGACUGCCUUGGAGACAAGGUUCCUGGGCAUCAGGAGAGCACUCACCAGAGAACAAAAGAGACAGCAGCCACUCUUUGCAAUGCCCCACCCAUCCUCACAACCCGGCUUCUCUGCACCUCCGUCAGGUAGGAACAGACAAGGACCACGGUGGGAUGCAGGAGCCACUUCCCACAGAACCAACUACCCAUGGACUUGAUACUCCCUUUGAAGACGCAGUUAACUACAAGAUGUAAUGAGGAUGAAUGUCAGUUUCUAUGCCUGAAACCAACCAUGAGACAAAGCUCACAAAAAGGCCCACCCUGUGCUCGUUUUGGCAGCACAUAUCUAAAGUUGGAACGAUACAGAGAAGAUUAGCAUGGCCCCUGCGCAAGGAUGACAUGCAAAUUCGGGAAGUGUUCCAUGUUUAAAAAAAAAAAAAGGUUCACCCUAGCUUAGACUCCAUUAAUAAAAAUAUAGUAUCUGGAACACCCAGACCAAAACCUGCUCUAAUCUACAUAUCUAAAGUGUAAGUUGGUUCCUAGAUGCGUUGGUUUAAAGGAGGGGGUACUUCCCCUUGAGCAAAAAAGACUAUGGAGUGGAAGAAUGAAAUCUGUCUUCAAACACAUGAAAGAGAUGAGAAAUGUUCUGAGAGCUUUAAUGGAGCAAACUAAGACCCUUGGUAGACUCCACAGGGAGAUUGAAGCCCCUUGGCACAAGGAUAAACCUGUCCAAAGGCUGUCUCAAGAGAUGGUAAGUUCCCCAGGACUGGAGUGUACAAGGUAAUCACAGCUGUUUUUGUUUGUUUGUUUGUUUUUUGAGACAGAGUCUCGCUCUGUUGCCCGGGCUAGAGUGCCAUGGUAUC